AUGCCUCGACUGAUGACGGCACGCAAUGCCGUCCUGCUGCUCAACGUCAUUGUGCUCACCGUCCUCGUCCUGCAUCUCAAGUUCGAGCUAUGGAGCCCCGCGGCGCCUGGCCCGGCUAGUCUUACCCACCUCCCCGACGAACUCUACGACGAACAACGAGCCGACGCGACGUCGCACGACUCGGACGACAAGCCACUCAAGGCCAACGAUGGCGUGCGCCUGCGUCGCACCGCAGUCGUCGUCGCCAGCCAAAAGUCCGAAAACGUAACGUGGCUGGACGACUACUUUCCCGCGUGGGAGAAGAACAUCUACCACGUCGACGACCCCAAUGCGCGCCUCACGGUGCCCAGGAACAAGGGCAGGGAGAGCAUGGUCUACCUCACUUACAUCAUUGACCACUACGCGUCCCUCCCGGACAACGUUCUCUUCAUCCACCCCACGCGCUACCAAUGGCACAACGACGACCCCGACUACGACGGCCUGCCCAUGCUGCGCCACUUCCAGCUGCCCUUCCUCGAGAAAGAGGGCUACGUCAACAUUCGCUGUGCAUGGUCGCUGGGCUGCCCAAGCGAGAUUAAGCCUCUUGCCGAGGAAGGCGAACACCGCGAGGCUGUACACGCUGGCGGAGACUACAAGAAGGCGUUUGAGAAGCUGUUCCCUGGCAAGGAGGUGCCUGCAGCCGUGGGCGUGAGUUGCUGUGCGCAGUUCGCGGCGACGAGGGACAAGAUCAGGGAGCGGAAGAAGGAGGAGUAUGAAAGGUAUCGCCAGUGGAUCAUGGACACGCAUCUGGACGACGCCAUCAGCGGGCGGGUAUUUGAAUACUCUUGGCAUAUCAUCUUUGGCAAACCCCCCGUACACUGCCCCUCUGCUAAGCAGUGCUACUGCAAGGUAUUCGGCCUGUGUGACUUGAACUGCAAAGACGAAGGAAGCUGCGACGGAAGAUAUAUCCUGCCGCCUUUUUCCGUGCUGCCCGAAGGUUGGCCCUUUGUUGGCUGGAAGAACGAACAGCGCCAGCGAGCCGCUUCGGAAGACUGA